GGCUUCUCCAGUCGGCUCCCGCAGCUGCGGCGGUAGCGGUGUUGGCCGCGGCUCCUGCGGCAGCCUCGGCUUCAGGGGACGUGCUACGGCGGCCGGGCGGCCGAAUUGUGGGAAAAACUGUUGAGAUAAUUUCUUCAAGAUCAUCAGCGAGGUCCUCAUAGACAUUAAAUCCAAGGGGAUACUAUGAUGACAGGCAUGAACAGGAAGAACUCUGAAGCAACAGCAUUCAGUCAAGUUGCAAUGGACCCUGCAUUUCAGAUGAUAACGGUUACCAAGGAAAUAGGCUUGGGCCUGAAUAUCGUGGGAGGAAUUAACCGGAAUGAAGGGCCCUUGGUAUAUAUUCAGGAAAUAAUUGCUGGAGGAGACUGCUAUAAGGAUGGAAGACUAAAGCCAGGAGAUCAGCUUGUGUCCAUAAAUAAGGAAUCAAUGAUUGGUGUUUCAUUUGAAGAAGCUAAAAGCAUAAUUACUAGAGCAAAAUUAAGAUCAGAAUCUGCUUGGGAGAUAGGGUUCAUAAGACAAAAACUUAGCUCGAGUCAGCAAGAAACCACACAGCGCUCAUCCCUCUUGCCAACUUCAGGAGGAUGUGAGGCCCAGGUUUCACCAUCUUUUAAUAUCCUUUCUCAUCAUGAGAACUCUGAUCAAAAGAUGUCAUCUACUCCCAACCCUGUAGAUACCACCGUAAUGUCUUUGAAAAAAAAUCAGAUAAAAACCGGAUUCAAGAAAAGAGAGCCGUCUCCAAUUACUUCUCCAAACAACAGCCCCACGGAUGUGUCUAAUACAAAUAUUGGCCCCAACUGGCCUGAUGAUUCUGGACCACAAGGAGAGAAUAUUUCCUUACAUCCCUCCAUUCGCCUUAAGGUUGAGAAGCUGGAGAUGGCCUUAAAUUAUCUUGGUAUUCAGCCCACAGAGGAAGAGCACAAAGCCCUGAGGCAACAAGUGCAAAUAGACUCCAGGGGAACUGUGUCUUUUGGAGAUUUUGUCCAGGUUUCCAGAGAACUGUUCCGCUUACAGCUGAAUGAAGUAGGCGUAGGGCAAAAAUCCACAAUGUUCGGCGCCCAUGAAAUUUCCCAUUUAUUAGACUCACAGCUUCUUGCCUGUGAUUCUUCAGAAGUGGAUGAAGUAGAAAAGCUUAAACGUGAAAGAAAUGAUGCUUUGAGAGAAGUCAGCAAACUCAAGGAUAAGCUGUUGGAAUCAGAAAAUCAAAGGAAGAAACUAAAUGAAGAGCUCCAGAAUGUGAAACAAGAAGCCAAAGCCGUCGUGGAAGAAACAAGAGCCCUGCGCAGCAGGCUUCAUCUCGCCGAAGCAGCGCAGAGGCAGGCCCACGGAAUGGAAAUGGACUAUGAGGAAGUGAUUCGCCUAUUAGAGGCUGAAAUUAUGGAGCUGAAGGCUCAGCUCGCUGAUCACUCUGGCCAGAGCAAAGAAAGUUUUCAAGACUUAAGAAAGAGAAUCACGGUGUUGGACUGCCAGUUGCGGAAGUCAGAAACAGCUCGGAAAACCUUUGAACUUACAACUGAGAAGCUGCUGAACUUUGUGGAGACAAUCCAAGAAGUACUUUCCGAUCAUUCUUCUUCCUUGUCAAAUUUAAGUGACCGACGAUCAGUGUUGGGUUCUCAAAUACUGUUCCCACAGCUUGGAAGGAAUGGACGCAAUGUGACGGCCAAUCUAGUCCAGGAAUCCAGGGAGCUUGCUAAAUCUGUCCGUGCCCUUCUGGAUGUGGACUGUCUACCGUAUGGAUGGGAGGAAGCUUACACAGCAGAUGGAAUCAAAUACUUUAUCAAUCAUGUAACACAGACCACAUCAUGGAUCCACCCUGUGACGAGUGCGCUAAACUUGUCCUGCUUGGAGGAGAAUGAAGAAGAUUGCCCCAGAGACCUUCCCAACCAAAAGAGCUGAUAGUUUCUUGCAAAGAAUAGAACCACAAGGUAGAGUGGCAUCAUUUUCAGAACAUCUUGAGCUAGUGAAACUGACAUCCAAUAUGCAAUGAAUGGGUACAAACUGCUCCAUUUCCCGGUUUUGAAGUAGGAGGCAAUGAAUUUAUCCUGUUUGUUUAAACCAAACAUCCCAUGAAAGUGUUUUCCAUGCACAUUUCCUAUUCAGUUCAUUUCAAUACUUACCUAUAGGAUAAUCCACUGGUGAUACACUAAUCAUUUUUUAAAAAAUAAUAAUCUAUUCAGAUUUUUCUAAAUGGCAAGGAAUUGAAUCUUUGCAAAAUGAUACAAGCAAUUAUUUCUUCCUUUGGAAAUAAGCUAUAAUGACUUUGACAAUGAUUUGUAUUUAAAUCUAUUGAAAAUUAUAUGAAUGUUUUCACAUUUUCAUUAAAACACUAUUGAUAAUACAUUAAUUCUUUGUAUUUAUGUCUCAUCAUUAUGUAGUCCAAGUUGCUUCGGGUGCCUUCCAGAUCCGAGGAAGCAUAUGAAAUUCCCGUCUGAAAACACUCAGGAGUUCACAAAACAACAUUCCAUAAAGGAAUGCUAUCAUAGCAGCUAGUUUCAUAGCUAUAUCCACAAUGGCCUUAGACAGUAGAGGGUAUCUAUGGGUCCCCUAUGCUCCCUGGGUAAUUCUAUUCCUUUCUUGAGGCACCUUUUUCAUUCAUUCAUUUGUUCAUUCAUUCAUUCAAGUAUCUAUGGUGUCUACUGUGUUCACACCUUUUCCUUCUACUUCCCCUUUCUUCCAUUUCUCUACCAGGCAGGGGAAAAUUUCAUGAAAUUUCUUCUACUGUCUGAGGAUUUUCUCUUGUAGAGGGCAAGGCUUCACACUGAAACUGAAUAUUCAGUCAAGAAAGUCCUUAAUGUCGAAGUGGCCUUUCUUGGGUUUAGGGAUAGGGAGCAAGUAGAAGGAAAACUUGCCAAACCCACUGCAUACCCCCUCUGAGUUCAUUGCCUACACAAGACUCAGUAUUGGCCUCUUGGGUUUCUACCAUUCAGUCAUGCCUGCAUCCAUUUAUUCAGUAAAUAUCCUUUAAAUGCCUUUUGAGAGAACAACAUGGAAUGGCAUAUAGAGAGCAGACUCCUAGUCUGGAAGACCUAGGCUCAUGUCCCACCUCUGACUCUACAGACUGUGUGACUCCUAACCUCUCAGUGCUCUCAAGCAACUUUCUAAGACUUAAGGCUACAGAGAAGCUUCCCUUUGCAUUAGGAGAGCAAGUUCCUCACCAGGACCUUAUUACCCUAAUGAAAUAUCAGUUCCAGUUUUGUUUUGUUUUAUUUAUAAAUAAGUGCCUAAUACUUAUAACCAUUCAUUAGACUUUAUUAUAAACAGUGGCUCCUAGAAUAACCCUAAAAGUAACGGGCUGCUGACUCUAAGCUCCAGCUCAUUCCUUCCUAACACACUGGGAUAAAAGGGAAAAACACACACUCACACAGGGCCAGACGAAAAAGAUAGGCAAUAAAUACUUAGAUGAUUAACCUGCUUUGUUUUAAAGCCAGCUUCAUAGUGAUAUGGGACUCUUAAUCCAUGAGGGUUUAUAAGUAAUCUGGAAAUGUAAUGCAAUAAAAGCUGGUUUCUAGCCUGCCUUCCAUCAGCCAGAAAUCUUUAUUAAAUUUGCACUGCGGUACAAUGAUAAUUAGCAAUCAUAAUUAGGGUUCUGAGGUACUGCAAGAUUCUAGCUUUAGUCCCCAUCAGGUCAGGUCAACAAGCAUUUAUUAGCACCUACUGUGUGCUCUGCACUGUGCUAAGCUUCAGGGAUACAAAAAAAGUCAAAAAUAAACAAAACAGUAAAUACUCUGCUCUCGAGGAGCUCACAGUCUAAAGAGGGAGACAACACACAAACAACUAUGUACAAAUAAUGGAAUCCAAUGAAUAUUAAGUACUGCUAUGUGCCAGGCACUGUGUUAAGUGCUAGGGAUGCAGAUAAGAAAACCAAAGACAGUUCCUUCUCUCAAGAAGCUCACUGUCUAAUGGAGACAGCAUGUGAACAACUAUGUGCAAAUAAGAUGUUUACAGGAUAAAUUGGAGGUAAUCUACAGAGGGAAGGGAUCACUAAGUCAUGAGGGGUAGCAGUAAGCAGUAAACAAAAAAGGAUUGAAUAUGGUUUUAGUGUUAGGUGUGGUUUAGUUUUGCCCAAUUCUUUGAAAACUGUGAUUCUCUCUUGUAUGUAGAGGAUAUUUACCAGAACAGUUGAUCAAGUGGAAUAAUCCAUUCCUUCACCAUGCCAAGUAACUGAAAGGUGACAGCACAUCGUUGCUGAUUCUUCCAGUGAUUCUUCUUUUUGUUUACCUUCUCUGAUGCACACAAAUCACAACCAAGGACUUAGAAUCACAAAAAUGUGAGCUAGAAGGAUCCUUGAAGAUCGUUUGUUUAUCGCAGGAGGCCUGUGCACUUUUUUAAAAAAUGCUUUAGCAGUUAUCUAUAAUUCAAUAUAAUUGGUUUCCUUUGUGAUCCUAUGCAUUCUUUUUUAUGCAUUUAAAAUUUUUUGAA